GAAUGGUGGGGAUACGCUUAUGUUUAAAGUAGCGUUGUUCGUUAUUCUAAUUGCAGCUUUAAAACAGUUUAGUUAUAAUUUAGUGGUGCUAAUUUUAGAAAUUUUACGAGUUUUAUUCUACGAGGUGAUUAUAUAUGAACAUUUAUGGCAAUUUGAGAAGUUUAUAAACAGAAUUUGGUCAUUGGAAAUUGUGAGGUUAAUUUAAAUGGGCCUGACAUUUUGAUGCAUUAUUAAUUUAUCAUAUCUCAACGUUUAAUAACUGCAAUUUGAUAUGAUAAAGUAUGGCAUUUGAACUUCUCCACUAAUUUAAAGGAAGUGGGCCGAAUUUCUACCAUAUUUAUUUCCUGUAAACAAGAGUUCAUCGAAUUGUGUCUCGACAAUGUCACAUAUAAACACAAAUGACCGUACCCUUCGUGAGACUAAGCCGUCUGUUGUGCGAAACUUAUUUCUUACUAGUUCACUUAGAGAACCGGGUUCGGUAGUGAAUUACGAUCGAUUUAUUCCACUCCGAGCAAAUAACAAUUGGAUCACGAACUAUGCCACAAUUCCAGACCCACCAAAAGGGGUGCAAGCGAAUAAAAAAGCGAGAGAGUCCGGGGAAACUCCGAGGGAAAGUUCGGCAUACAACUGUUUGCUAAAGAAUGAACUAUUAGGCGAAAAUAUCGAGAAUAUUAAAACACAGUGCGACGAACGACAGACAUUUACACCUGUAAAGGCUAGAAAUUUAUUCAAGUAUGGAAUGGUAACACCAACAAAGAGUGAAAAAACGCCUAUUAAGUCUAGUCCAUAUUCCUUAUCACCACUAAGUGUUAGUAGUCAACGACUGUUACGAUCACCUCACAAAGCUACACGAAAGAUAUCUAGAAUUCCUUUUAAAGUACUCGAUGCACCUGAAUUACAAGAUGAUUUUUAUUUAAACCUCGUCGAUUGGUCCAUUCAGAACGUGCUUAGUGUUGGUUUAGGUAGCUGCGUUUACCUAUGGUCCGCAUGCACUAGUCAGGUUACCCGCUUAUGUGACUUAUCUUCGGACAAUAAUGCAGUCACCUCGGUCGCUUGGAGCGAACGCGGAAAUUUAGUAGCUGUCGGCACUCACCUUGGCUACGUGACAGUGUGGGACGUCGCUGUUAAUAAACAGGUUAAUAAAUUAAUAGGUCAUACUGCGCGUGUAGGCGCGCUUGCAUGGAAUGGAGAUGUUCUAAGCAGUGGAAGUAGAGAUAGGUCGAUUUUACAGAGAGACACGAGGACUGCAGGAUCAGCACCUGAAAGGCGACUAUCGGGUCAUAGACAGGAAGUGUGCGGUUUAAAGUGGUCACCUGAUAAUCAAUACCUCGCAUCGGGUGGUAACGACAAUCGUCUGUACGUGUGGAACAUGCAGUCAUUAUCACCCGUGCAAACGUACACCGACCAUUUGGCUGCGGUUAAAGCUAUUGCAUGGUCCCCUCACCACCACGGCCUGUUAGCGUCCGGUGGAGGCACAGCAGAUCGUUGUAUACGGUUUUGGAAUACUCUCACUGGUCAACCAAUGCAGUAUGUUGAUACUGGUUCUCAAGUAUGCAAUUUAGCUUGGUCGAAACAUAGCUCCGAACUCGUUUCCACACACGGUUACUCGCAGAAUCAAAUUUUAGUUUGGAAAUAUCCUAGUCUGACUCAAGUCGCUAAGCUCACCGGACAUUCGUACAGAGUAUUGUAUUUGGCAUUAUCUCCCGAUGGAGAAGCUAUUGUUACCGGCGCAGGUGAUGAAACCCUACGAUUUUGGAAUGUGUUCAGUAAAGCUCGCUCCCAAAAGGAGACGAGAUCAGUAUUAAGCCUGUAUACAGGUAUUAGAUAAAUUAUCGUCGAUUCAUUUAGUAUUUUAAAAAAAUUAUAAAAUAUGGGAAGUUAUUGAUUUAUUUUAUAUUAUACAAUUUACAAUAUUAUUUAUAUCUCGAUUUUUAAAGUUUUAGGUAUUGUUGUUUUGCAAUAUUUAUAAUUUAUUCAACUAUGUGAUCCAUACACAUAAUAAUUUCAGCAUUUAUUUAUUAUAUUUUUUUAAGUAUCGCCAUAUACUUUAAAUAAUGCCAUUGAUAUCACUGUCACAUCCGUAAACUUUAAAGUCACCAUAUACAGUUAACACAGUUAGUAUAUGCUUGAUGCCGAAGCAAAUAGUCAUUAGAUUUUAAGACUUUGAAGGAAAAGUACAAAUGUUUAGAUUUAGUUAUUUUAUUUUAAGAAUUAACAUAUAUGUACCUUAGGUUAUUGUAUAAAGACUACUAUUUCUGUUAUA